AUGGCCACCGAAUCCACCGGCGCGUCGUCCCAACCUCCGGCCAAACCGCCUUCCGCCGCCAACGGACGAGGCGGCCAACCGCAUCCGGCGCCUCCUGCUCCGGCCGCAUCGCCUGCUCCGAACAGGAGCUCGAAUCUGCCGCAGCCUACGCCGCCCGGCGAGGCAGGGGCCGGGAGCGGGAAUGUCGGGAUGUCGACGUUCGCUAGGCUAACCAGCGGGCUUGGACUGCGGUUCCCUUCGGUAUCGGAGGAAACCGGCAAAGAACAGGGCAAUGCAGCUUCAUCCCAAGCUGGUGCGGUUUUCGAAUCGUUGACUAAAGGUUUGGUGGACUCGUCGAAAAGCGCCGUGAAGGUUUUGCAGCUCAGGGCGCGUCACGCCGUUUCGCAGAAUAAGCGGAGAUAUCAGGAAGGAGAUUUUGAUUUGGAUAUGGCUUAUAUCACUGAGAAUGUAAUUGCUAUGGGUUUUCCUGCUGGGGAUUUGAGUUCUGGGAUCUUCGGGUUCUUUGAGGGACUCUAUCGAAAUCACAUGGAAGAGGUUAUAAGGUUCUUUGAGACACAUCACAAGGAUAAAUACAAAGUUUACAAUCUUUGUUCCGAGAGACUGUACGAUGCAUCACGAUUUGAGGGAAAGGUAGCCUGCUUCCCGUUUGAUGACCAUAAUUGCCCUCCUCUUCAACUGAUAACAUUGUUUUGUCGAAGUGCAUAUUCAUGGUUGAAGGAGGAUAUUCAAAAUGUUGUGGUUGUGCAUUGUAAAGCUGGGAUGGGAAGGACAGGUUUGAUGAUAUGUAGCCUUCUCCUGUUCCUUAAGUUCUUCCCAACUUCUGACGAGGCAAUUGAUUACUUCAACAAGAAAAGAUGCGUGGACGGCAAGGCUCUAGUUCUUCCAAGUCAGAUUAGAUAUGUUAAAUACUUUGAGCGCAUCUUAACAUACUUCAAUGGAGAAAAUCAACCUGGACGAAGGUGCAUGCUCAGGGGAUUCCGGGUUCAAAAGUGUCCUUUUUGGUUAAGGCCUUCUAUUACCAUCUCUAAUCAUAGUGGGGUUCUAUUCUCAACAAGAAACCAUCCAAAAACGAAGGACUUGAUGCCAGAAGAUUUCUGGAUAAGUUCAUCAAAGAAAGGAGUAUUGAUCUUUGCUCUGCCAGGAGAGCCUGGUAUAACAGAAUUAGUUGGGGAUUUCAAAAUCCACUUCCAUGAUCGGCAGGGAGAUUUCUACUGUUGGUUGAAUACAACAAUGAUUGAGAACAGAAAAACCUUGGAUGCUUCAGAUCUUGAUGGUUUUGACAAGAGAAAACUGCCUUCUCCUGGGUUCCAGGUUGAAAUUGUGAUGAUAGAUUAUGAUGGUACUUUACCAACAAAGUCCAAUGCUCACAAUACCCGCAAGGAAUCUGAUGGCACCACCAGUUCAAAUAAUCUUCCUGUCUCAAGUGGAGUCACAGUUCCUAAGGAAAACCGUCAAGUUGCUGAUAAUGAAGAUGAUGUAUUCUCGGACAGCGACGGAGAGGAAACUGGAGGUUCAAAAGGCAAGCAAAGUCAAGGUCCUUCUGCUGUUGUAUCGCGACCUGACCAUGCAUCUAAUAUGACAACGGAGCAAAUGAAGAGCUUAGCUCAUGGGGCUGAACAACUUUCGCUCCAUGACAGCUCUAAGGUGAAUGCUUCCAAAAAACCGGGCAAUGACAGCGUUCAGAGCCCUGCCUCGGGCCUUACACACACGAUUGAAGUCACUGAUAUUAAGGCAAUUGCUGCUGAUGCUUCAGUUUUCUCCUUUGGGGAUGAAGAAGAUUAUGAAAGUGAGUGA